ACAGUAGGCCUAUGUAUCUCUAUGGGGUCGGUUGCACAAUACAAUGGGCGGAGCAUUAGCGAGCAGCAUAGCAACACAACAGAUUGUGUUUCUGGAUAUCGCGUCGUCGAUAUGAAUGGACUAACCCCGGGCUUAACCUUGAAAUAUGAUAUUUUUUUCGAUGGAAUGAUUUAUGAUCUCAACAACUCUCGGGUUUGAAGAUGGCAGUUUCUUUGGGUGAUAUCAAAGCGAAGCGCUCCCAAGCCGUUGCUCCAAGGAGUUUGUUUGGUUCAGUGAUCGAAGUCACAAACGAAGAUGACAUCCAACAUGCCAAGUCACUUCCUGUGCCUCAAAGGCGUGUCAAGAAGGACAAGCUCACCAACUUCAUGGCUCCAGAAGCCAAAGGGUUAAUGAAGAAGGAACUGGCAGAGGUGGAGAGGCAAGUCCAUAAGGCUAGAUUUGCUGAGAAUAAUCUCAAGGAGGCCUCUCAUCUUGCACUCACCUUUCAACCAAAUCCUGAUACCAUUAAGACUGGAAUCCCAGAUGGAGCACUGACCUUCCAACCAAAAAACAAGUAUGCUCCAUACAAGCAUGAUAUCAAGCUCCAUUCUCGGGACAUUUCCCUGACCGAACACUUCAACAAGCCGAUGGGACUCGAUGCAAACCCAGACUAUAAUUAUGAGCGUUACCGUAGGCCAUAUACCAAUGGUCAAUUCCAGCAGGUAGGAACUAUCCUCGGCAAAGGGGGUGCUUUUCAGAAGCGAGAUGAUGAGUCAAAGAGCAUGCGUGAAACUUUCCCUCCCGCCACAAGACGUGUCCGAAAGACACCUAGCCCAGGCAUUAAGCCAGGACAUCGUGCAUUCCCCAGUGACACAAUCCCAGACAACAUUCGCUUUCUACACGGGGAGGAGCUAUGCAAAGAAGUGGCCAAGAGCCCAGAGAUUCUGCAGAAGGCCAUCGCACCUCCAUCUAAACGCAUCCCCGGUCCGCUAAUCACGGCAAAGUUUCCUCCAGUAAAGACCAGCAUCCCUUCUGAAACUGAUCCAAUGUAUGCAGCCCUUGGCACCUCCUUGAAGCAGGACAUUUUUAAUGGAGUACCAUACAGUCAUUUGAAGAGUCUUUACAAGAGUUCAUACACACAGAACAUCCAUGACAAGUCUGAUGAGGCCUUUCCUCCCAAGUUUGCCAUACAGAGGAAUGCAGACAGUAAAUGGAAUGAGGAUGGUGUAAUCAGGAUGAAGCUUUACAAAGCAUGGGAUGUCAUGAUGGCAGAGAGAUUACAGGCCAAGGGAGGUGGAGCAUCCUAGCUGAUACUACCUGGCAGACCAUAGUUACAGACAUGGAGCUACUAACACCUUUUAUGUACAGGGUAUGGGUUACAGUAGUUUAUAGGCUCAGGUCCUUGUUACUUGACUUGUAGGACUCUGUCUGUGAGCAUCAUAGUACCGAUGCUUGCAUGAGCAAAGUUGGGUUAAUCAGUGUGCUAUGAAAGUCAUCUAUUUUCAAACAAGCGCCUGUGCCUGUAGAAAAGCAAGUAUCAUUUAUAUUUCCACCAUUUCUGAAGCUUCAGUGUGUGCAUCAUGCAGAAAUAAUGCUCCUUCAUUAAAAAAAAGAGCAUAAAUUCAUUUAUCAUCUGCACAAGUUACAAAAUACUUUUGUUGUUCAGGCUCACUCCGAGGUAGGUCUGUCGCUGCCCCCCAACCCCCACUUCCAAAAAAUCCCCCAAACAUUGAGGAGAAGCGAAUAUAAAGAAAAGCAAGAAAGGAAGCAAGUUAUAGAUAUUUUUCAAAGAAUAAAAUCCCUGUAUGAGAUAUUGAGAUGUCACCUUUCACUUGAAAUUAAUUGCUUGAGCACAAAGCACUGAAGGUCACUUUUGCUAAUUCCCCCUCCCCCCUUCUGCAUCUAUCUUUUUCCUCUGUAGAAGUCUGAGGUAAAUAGAAUUGUCACAUCUCCAUUUGGGGUGAGGGGGGGGGGGGGGUCAGGGAUAUUAAGGAUAAAGGUGCUGGCCGAAUGAUAAUAUGUAACAAUUUUAUACUUCAGCUUUCACACUGUAUAUUUACUUGGAUAAUUGAGUCCAUGCAUAACAUAAUUUGAGUUAUUUAUACAAUUUGUUUCCUUUUAUAUUAUUUCUUGUCAUUGUCUGUAUAAAACUUUCCACCUUGAUUUCCUGAUAUCAUCAUAGCUUGUAACAUAUAAAUGUGAUAGUUCUAAAGAGUUUUAAUUGGUUUGAUCCAUUGAAUGGAUGACCAUUUGAAUUUUAAGAGUAAUCUACUUUAUUCUUUGUCAAUCUUUUUCAAUCAUCAAUCCCAAUUGUUGAUACCUGGUUACAAACUUCAAUGUAUAAUAGUGAAAUUUCUAUCUCAGGGCAACUGCUUGUAUAUUUUCUGUCACAUGUGUAUAGAUUAAACAGUGUUUUUAGGGAAAAGAAUACUAUGUAAAUAGAAGAGACAAUUACAGAUUCCAGAUUUUUGAGGAUUUUCCAAACCAAAGGUAAUUGAUAUCCAUUGUGCUGUUCAUGUUGGUGCAUAUUUUAUAUGAAUUUUUGUAAGCACUUUGUAUAAAUUUAUGUCUUUUUUAAAUAGAAAUGGAAUCACUUGUUUCAUGAUAGUAUAUUUUAAAAUAUGUGAAUAAUCAUGAUAAUGAUUAAUAGUACAAUAAUAUAUUUUCUUGGUAAGUAUUAUAGAUCAUAUGCUAAGUAAUUGUGAUAAUUUAUUGAUUAUGAUGGUGAUAAUAUCAAAUGAGAUUAAGGUGCCAAAUCCAUCAAUCAUUAUGGUGUAUUGGUUCUGAUUCAUCAUUCUCAUCUUCCAAUCAGUGGGUCAGGGGUUUGAAUCUUGUUCCAGACAUAAACUUAGUUCAAUAAGAAGUCCAUCAGGUAUGCUCCAUCCAGCACAGGUGAGUAAUUGAAUGCACAGUAUGAUUUAAAAAGCUUUAUCACCUACGUGGCUUGACAGCUGCUAAGCAUACAGCCAAUGUAUGAUUUAAUGUGUUAGGUGCAGUAGACUGUGGGCCCCGUAGAUCUGUGCUAUGCAAAAUAGACAUUAUGUAAUUGGCUGUAAGAAGUUAAUGUAUUUCUUCUAUGAUUAUGAAGGGUUAAUGGGCACUUUGGUUAUGGGGGGAAAAUGCAUGAAGUCAGGGCUGGCACAAUAGAUACCUUUUGUUUCAAAUUUAACAUGUUUUUUUAUAGAGUGAACAUAGAAUCAACAAAAAGUGACAGAAUGCUUUUAAAUAUUAUAUGAGAAAUGUUGCAUAAAAUAAUUAUCUUUUCCCCCUCAGGUAUUAAUGUUCAACCCAUGCAUAAUUUGAAACUUAAAUAAUGUAAUGUAGUUAUGCUUAUCUUGCAGUAUUAAUUGAGCAAAUCAUGUCUUCAGAAUUCCCACCUCUGUCACAAUAUUUUGAGAAGUAUUCGGUAGGAAAUAAAACAUUUUUAUAAGAAUUAUCAGCUCUUGGCAUGGUUAGCAAUAUACUCUCUCGUUCCCCCUCCCCUAUUUUUUUCUUCUCUCUUUUCUCUCUCUCUCACUGCCCUAGCUGAAAUAUGUAAUGUCAAUGUACCUGCAUGGUGUGUGUACUGUUAUGCAAUGUAUUCAAUUUUUUUAUACUUUUAACUACAGUAUUAUUCUGCUGAAUAAUAAAAAUGUACAUAUGUUUGGUACGUAA